CCAAGGCCCCUAUCCCACCGUCAGGGCGCCUGAGGGGGCAGCGAUGGGCGCCAUGACCUCCGAUGGGUGUCUAUCAUUCUCUAUUCCUUUCUUGCCGCAUUCAAAUCCCAUCAAUCGACGCUCACCGCAGCGAUGAGCCAUCUGCCAUCUCCUGCUCGCGAGACGCGCGUUCUCUUCAAUCAUCACGCAGCUCGCCUGGUCAAAUCAAUUCCUCCCUCUCACCCGCCCAAUCGCGUCAAUGGUCACAUUCCACGCGACCAUCUGGGACCAGGAUCGAUCUAUCAGGCACACGCAGAGACAAUCGGAGUAGUCCUGCAAGAUUGGCAGGGGAAGCUCCAACUGUGCGCCGUCCCUGACAUCCCGCUCAGCAGCGACUCGGACCAUCACGAUAAUGGCGGUGGAAGCCUCGUCCUCACAAUCGAGCAGCCUUAUAAUGCUCUCGCGCAAGUCUAUGGUGCACAACGUCGGCAAGUUCUCCCCUUUCGAUCGUACACCACCUCUGCUCGAGAAGAAGGGCAGGCAAUGCCGGAGAAUACAGUACCGCGCGACACUUUUGUCGGACUUGGGGCAGGAGAGGAUGGACAGUAUGGAGGCAGCUUUUGGUUCUUCGAAGAUGUGAGCGAGCCCGGAGCUGAAGGAAGGUAUCGGGCUGAAAUGGCAGGGAUGGGAAAGCGGGCUAUCUGGACUCUGUGGCUUUUCGAUGCCCAACCGCACUUGGUGGGAGGACUAAGGGAUGUCUUGGCACAUUAUCCUUUGCCAUCGGCCGAGAAGACGGUAAUCGAGGUCAAUGGCUCCACUACGUCGCCACCUGCGCCCGCGCCCAAGCCAGAGGAGCUCAAGGCUCCGGCCAAGGCUCGUCGGCCUCUACCUACUCCGCCGGCAAAGAAAAGCGACACCGAAGGCAGCCCUCCUCGACGUAUGCCUCUCGGGGACAUCACCAACGUCGUGGCCAAAGAGCAGCAAGACAGCGAAGAGCAGCAGCCACAGCACCAGCAGCCGCAGCCGCUACCAUCGUCGCCCCUGCCAGCCACGCCUGCAGCGGUUCCUGUCAAACCCGAGUCCCUACGCCACACCAGCUCGCCGGAAGAGCCCCUCGCAGACGCUGAUGAAGUUGGCGAAGCUCUUCGCGCUGUCCCACGCACUCCCUCCCCGACUCAACCGGGACCGAGCUCCCUUCGCCACUCUCUCGUAGCAGUCGAUGACGCGACCGGCGCAAUCGUAGCCGUCGUUGCACACAAUGUCGAGCUCUCCACAACCUCCUCUGCCUCCUCGCACGGCACCAUCUCAUCAUCAACGGCGCCUACACCAAAGCCUUCGGUGCUUCGUGCAGCAGACAUCUACCGCGAUCCGGACGUGCUUCGCUCCCCUAGCCGCAAGGGCUCAGAGCUUGGGGCGGAUACAUUUGCUCCUCCCCCGAUCCCGGCAAAGGAUCAAGAGGAGGCAAUUAGAGACAGUGUAGCCUCGUCCGCCAACUUUUUCUCCGCGCAAGAGGAGAUCAGCGAUGCUGACUCGAGCGAGGAGGGCGAUGAGGUCGACGAGGUCGAGCUGCGCAAUGGCGCUGCUCAGCAGGACGGGUUCACUUCGUUGACGCGCAAAGCCGCCAAGCACGGGAUCGCUUCCCAUCGUCCCGAACUUCUACGAGACGACGGAGAAGACGAUGAUGGAGCGGUAUCCGAUGCGUCUGGGUCUACCGUGGGCGGGCCAGCUGUCCAGCUUUGGCGCAAGGCGAGGGGUGGUAGGGAGGGGGAGAAGAAGAGGGCAGCCAAAAAGCAGGAGAAGGAGGACAGGAAGAUCGCUGAGGCUGAGGCGAAGGAGGCUGCGAUUAGGGAGGCAAAGGAGGCUGCUGAGCGAGAGGCAAAAGCCAAAGAGCAGGUCAAAAACACCGAGAAGACUUUGCCUCGUCCAGCUCAGCGCGACUCGAUAGCCACACUCGAGGACCUUUCACCGCAGGAGACGACCCCCGCAACGAAUGCGGACGACACUCUAGCCGCCGAGACCCACAAGCUCCUCCUACACGGGCAUGUCCCCCGCGCCCUGAUGUGCACGACGGACUUCGUGUCAGCAGAGGACCGCGUAUGGCGUGAGGCAAUCGAGGCCGGCCACUUGCCUAUCGACGGCGCCUACACGCAUCUCGUCGCUCUCCCCGGAACGUCGCCCUCGGCUGUGGCCACGCCCAUUGAGGAGAAGGACGAGGGCGAAGAUGACCUCAGCUUGGAUCCAGCAGCGAGAGAUGCGCAAGAGAUCCGACUACCUGCGAGGAAGUACCUGCAGGGCGGGACGGUGCUGAUCGAAUUUCUUGCUGGUGGAUCUAGGAUCGGCGCCUCGUUACUGGGCACCAGCGGACCUGAGGAGCAAGAAGAGGAGGCAAUAAAGGGUACCUCUGAAGGCGCCGCUCCUGCCGCCAGCAGCAAUGGUAACGGCGUUCUAUCCCUCAUUCCCGCCCUCCCCUCUCACUUCCUCGCGUACUUCACUGCGGCUGCGUCUGCCUCGACCACUGCCCUACCUAGCGCAGCCUCCUCAUCCUGGGAGACUGCAACGACUCUGGCCACGGGUUCGCGUAACCUCCUCGCCACCUCGGUCACGUCCGCCAUCUCGGGCAUCUCUGGAUUCACAAGCUACGCCCUCUCCGCUCCCGGCGCGCUGAUGAGUUGGUUCGCCAUGCCUGACGAGCCGAUCCUAUCCGCUAGCAAAGAGGAAGAAGAGGACGACGAUUGGGAAUACGCCAUCCCCGACUUCGACCCGACCUCGCUGGCUUCGACGCCGAGGCCGGUGUACAGGCGCAAGAGGCCCGCUCCCUCCUUUGAGGCUGGCUUCAAUGUCAGGCGCGCGGGAGACUCAAAUGACGAAACCGCGAUCAAAGGCAAAGAAGGUGGGGAUGAUGCCGCCCAGCUUGCGCCUAUCCCGUCAUCCUUUUCCAGGAGGACGGGCCAGCAGGCCUUGCGUGACGCCCAGCGAAGUCCUCAGGCAGAACAGCGCUACUCUAUUAUUCACUUUGACGGGGAUGGCGUGGGAAGGCGAGCUUUCUUUCGGGGCGAGGGAAUGGGUCAUUCACCGUACACGAGCCCAUUGGGACCGCUUUAGUUCCUGGAGGAGGGCAGGGCCAGGUUUUGUAGGAGGACAGGGUGGCCCAAGUCCGGGAACCAGAGUGAGUCGAUGGCGCCCAUGCCCUCACAUCAGUCAGUGAGACUCUCAAUCUUUAUAUCCUUAUCGUUCUUCAUAUUCGAAAGUGCUUUGCAAUACCGCCUAUUUCCACCUCCCUCAUCGUCCUGUUCUGUGAUGUUGCGAGAGGUGAAAGACGGAAGGAAGGCCGAGCCGUGAAGGGACGUCCGCCAAGGAAAUCUGUGGCCCGUCCGCAAUGCGGCCCCCUUGAUUGAACCAACCAACACUUUCGCCUCCCGCCUUGCUCAUUUGUUACAAACCCCCUUCUCCCUCCUCACCUAACCUCACUUCCUUUACGCAGCCAUGUCCUCCUCAUCAACAGUUGACAUCCCCCCACCCGCUGCUGUGG